UGGAUGUCAUCUGGAUCCUUUAUCUUUCCUGGAGUCUGUUUUGGUUUGACUUCCUCUCAACACUCUAUCCUGAAUUUUCGUCAAACUUCUUUGUCUUCUAUGUUCUUUUAAUUCUUCAGUCGGAUUUCUGCUGUGAUUGCUUUGCUACAAUGGCGGAUACGUCUCUCCCGCAGGACGCCCUUUUCCUCGGUUUCGACAGUUCUACACAGUCAUUGAAGGCGACAGUGUUAGAUGGCACACUUAAUAUUGUGCAUUCUGAAAUUCUUCAUUUUGAUUCUGAAUUUCCUCAUUACAAAACCAAAGACGGGGUUUUUAGAGACCCAAGUAUCGAUGGCCGGAUCGUUUCACCCACUCUGAUGUGGGUAGAAGCAUUCGACCUUAUGCUUCAGAGACUCUCAGGAAAAUUGGAUUUUGGGAAGAUCGCUGCUGUUUCUGGGAGUGGUCAACAGCAUGGCAGUGUGUAUUGGAAAGCUGGAAGUGGCUUGAAAUUAUCAGCAUUGGACCCCAAGAAAGGAUUGCUGGAUCAACUUGGUGAUGCCUUUUCGAUAAAGGAGUCGCCGAUAUGGAUGGACAGUAGCACCACGGAGCAGUGCAAAGCCAUUGAGAAAGCCGUUGGAGGUGCAUUGGAGCUAUCUAGAAUAACGGGGUCACGCGCGCAUGAGAGGUACACAGGCCCGCAGAUUCGAAGGAUAUUUGAGACACAACCUCAGGCUUAUCAUGAUACGGAGAGGAUCUCCCUGGUUAGCUCCUUUGCAGCAUCUCUGCUUGUAGGGGCCUAUGCUUGUAUUGACGAGACCGACGGUGCAGGCAUGAACCUGAUGGACAUUAAGCAAAGGGCGUGGUCUAAAAUAGCUCUGGAGGCCACUGCACCGGGUUUGGAAGAAAAACUUGGAAAGUUAGCUCCUGCACAUGCCAUUGCUGGUCCUAUUGCUCCCUAUUUUGUAGAGAGGUUCCACUUCAACAAGAACUGUUUGGUUGUUCAGUGGUCUGGAGAUAACCCUAAUAGCCUGGCAGGUUUGACCUUAAACACUCCAGGGGAUCUGGCAGUCAGUCUUGGCACUAGUGACACUGUUUUUGGGAUUGCCAGCGAGCAUCAUCCAAGCUUAGUAGGGCAUGUAUUUCCUAAUCCUGUUGACAAUAAAGGAUACAUGGUAAUGUUGUGCUAUAAGAAUGGGUCUUUAACUCGUGAAGAUGUUCGCGAUCAAUGUGCAGAUAAAUCUUGGGAAGUUUUCAACAAAUAUCUUCAGCAAACACCACCUUUAAAUGGUGGCAAGAUAGGUUUCUACUACAAAGACUAUGAAGUACUUCCUCCUCUCCCAGUUGGUAUCCAUCGUUAUGUUCUCGAGAACUUCACUGGUGACAACUUAGAUGGAACGAGUGAACAUGAAGUGAAGGAAUUUGAUCCUCCUUCUGAGGUUCGAGCAUUGGUUGAGGGCCAGUUCCUCUCCAAGCGAGGUCAUGCUGAAAAGUUUGGAUUGCCGGUUCCUCCAAAGCGAAUAAUAGCUACCGGGGGAGCAUCAGCAAACCAGAGCAUUCUAAACUCUAUAGCUGCCAUCUUUGGCUGCAACGUCUACACAGUCCAAAGACCAGACUCUGCAUCCUUAGGAGCGGCUCUGAGGGCUGCCCACGGUUGGCUGUGCCACAAGAAGGGCAGUUUCGUGCCCAUCUCAAGUAUGUACAUGGACAAGUUGGAGAAGACGUCUCUGAGUUGCAAGCUUGCAGCUCCUGCUGGCGAUCAAGAACUUGUUGCAAAGUACGGGUUGUUCAUGAAGAAGAGAUUAGAAAUCGAGAACCGCCUAGUCGAAAAGCUAGGCCGGUUGUGAAGGGAUAUGGAUUGUGAAACCUCAACUCUACUUGGUCUACAAGGGAAAGAGGUUUCAAUUGAGUUUAGUUUACAGUUUUAUUCAGCUUGAACAGGUUAAGUUUGCAUUUGCAUACAAUUUACUAUGGACUUUUUGUAAUAAGCUGCAUAUUUAACUAACGUAGUUACUUGCAGAAUAAAUUGUUCAUAUUUGUAGAUAAAUAAUAAUAGUGCAUGAUGAAUGUCACGUUAGUUAUUGGGUUCA